GUAUUCGAAAUCAGAAUCAACUCAACACUUCUUGAGUGUGUGCAGUAGCAGUACAAUACAUCCUUUUCUUCACUUCUCAAAUCCUUCUCCGCUCUAAACAGCAAACAUGAAGUUCGUUAUUGCCGUAGUCAUGUUGGCUCUUGCCGCCAGUGUACACUCUUCCCUGCUGCCAUUGACCGCACAUAUUGCACCGGCCGUAUCGUAUGUGACCUCCGCCGUACACCCUAGUCCGUUGCACGUCGCAAGCGGCUGGGGCGCACCAGCUGCCGUUACUGCAUUGGGUGGCAUUGGACUCGGUGGCUUGGGACACGGUGGUCUGGGACUCGGCUGGCGCGCUGGCAUUCCCGGCAUCUCACUCAGCCAAGGACCUCUAGGUGCUGCCAUCGCUGCCCCAAUUGCUGCACCUCUGGCUGCUCCACUUGCCUUGGGUCAUGGCUCGGGUGUGUAUGUGGCAAAGACACGUGGCGCUAUUCACACUGCACCCUUAGCUGGUCAUGUCAACUCGGCGACUUCUUUGAAUUUGGCACCCGCACCUGGCACUUGGUAAACACGGCAUCUGCAUACCAACAAGAUCCUCACAAACAAUUAUUAAAAACUGACAUUCACAAACAUACAUACACACACGCACACAUUAUGCAUAUAGGCUGAAGUAUAGAAGCGCGUUGUCAACUAUAAGCUUAAAAAAAGAUUUUGACAAUAUUGCUGCCAAAUGAAGGGAGAUGCCACCGCACUGAUUUAAUAUGCAUAAUUGACACCGAGCUCGCCUAUUCGCCGUUAUGUAUACCGCGUUCCGUUUUCCGCAAUCGCAAUCGCAAUUCACACCCUGACACGCCUACCGAAAUUUAUAUGCAACGCACACACACACACUGUCAAACGCAUAUCUAUGUUCUUUAUUAUUAUAUUAAACCAUAUAUUAUGUACCUUGUACACGUAUGUAUUCCAUGUUAUUUACUUAUCACAAUCACUAUGUUGGCGCAAACUCGUAGUCGUAAAUGUUUGCCGAUACGCCAUGCAAAGGAAGGAAAGGAUUUGAAGCACAAAUCCGCUACAACAACUGCGAUAACAAUAACAA